AUGAAAAACAAUGAUAACAAACCCGAACCUUAUGAUCCCUUCAAUUUAUUUGAAUACGACAAUAGAGCCAUUGCACUACAAACACUUCAGAGAAUUAAUGAUAAUCUCCUCAACAAUAAUACAUCUAACAUUUCAUCAGCACUCAAUUAUCAAGAUAUCAACAAUGGAAUAUCCCCUAAUUCAUCUGUAUCAUCAUUUCAUAAUAGUAGUAGUAGAAGGAGAGCAUCUAUUUCUUCAUCAUCACUUACACCAAGAUCUUUAUCAACUAGUAAUAAUAAUAGGAAGAGUCCUCGUCAGCUAAGAGAAACAACACCAUCUUCACAACAACCUUCAGCACCAGUGAAAAGAACUAUUUCCAAUCAAUCAUCACCAUCCAAGUUUUCAUCAGUGAGUGGAUCUUCAACAACUCCUCGACAUAAUGUGUUUAAUAGAUCAAAUUCUGAUUCUCAAACAAUUUCAAAUCAUAGACCUUCCAAUUCAAAGAGAAGGGCAUCUAUUGGUGGUAUGGGAACAAGUAAUUGUCAACAACAUGAAAAUAAUUGUAUAUGUAGUCAUUGUGGACAUGAAAUGAAAUUAAAAGAAGAAAAGAAACCUCUCAUCACACCAACAAAUGAAAUUUUCAAAGCCUUAACAGAAAUUGAAUAUGAACAGGCGCUAAAACAAAGUAUGAAAGGAAUGGACAAGGUUAAUUUAAAUGAUGAAGAACAAUUGGAUUUAGUUGCUGAAAUAUUAUCUGAAACUUUAUUAAAGAAUGAUGGAUUAAGUUUAUCCUCGAAAAGAAAACAAAAACUAAAGAAAGCAACUCACUUUUCACAAACUGAAACUUAUUUUGAGAAUAGAAUUGAUAAUAGACCUUCACAAACAAUAGAGAAACAAUUUGAUUUUACUAAUUGUGAAUCAACUAACAAGACAAAUGUCGAAACAAAUCAGCAAUUAGUUAAUUCUAAUAUUGUUAAUAAUAAUAAUAGAAAUGCACCAAUUAAGAAAAAACCAAAUAUUCAAAUAUUUAGAAAUAUUGAGGAAAAGAAUAUUUCACCUCUUGAUGAGGAAUGUAAAUUAAUUUCAGAACCAUUUAUUACAAUUCAAAAUAAUCGAAUGAAUUUCUAUCCAAACGAACCAACAAGAAUAGCACCUGUGAGUAGGAAGAAGGAUUCACGCAAUAUUCCAUCAAGCAAACAACCAAUUUAUAAUGAACAAAAGGUUCAAUCAAGAAAAUCAUCACCUCAACAAACUUCAUCAGUAACUGAAAACAACAAUGAAACUCAAACUAAUGCAUACAUUGAGUAUGAUACUAAUGAAGAUCAACCUGAUAGUAUUAAUACUGAUACUACUAGUGAUGAUGAUAACAUGGUGUAUAGAGAUAAAUGUCUGAACACUGAUGAUUGUUUAAUUAUGAAUGAAGAAAUAAGGAAUGAACUUUAUGAAAAUGCUAAACGAAAAGGACAAGAUGAAAUAGUUAGAAUGUAUAUUAAUUCUAAAUUGAAAGAGAGAUUAACAAAGCAAAGUAAGAGAAGUGAUAGAAAAUCAUCUCUUUCAUUCUUAUUUCCUGGUCUUUACAAGAAAAUUCAAACAGAUUUGAAAUUAAAAAGAUUAGAAAGUACAGACCCAUACAAAAAACCAAUGAAUAAUAUAAUUCAAGAAAUGAAAUCUCUCGUUGAAAGAUGUUGA